CUGGAGAACUUCAUCCAGAUGAACAUCAAGACUGAGAUGGCCCACAUCCAGCAGAAUGUGGUACAGAACCAGACGGCGGCCAUAUUGGAGAUUGGCACCAAUCUUUUGAGCCAAACAGCUGAGCAGACACGAAAACUGACCAAUGUGGAAACCCAGGUGCUGAACCAAACCUCGCGCAUUGAAAUACAACUUCUGGAGAAUUCCCUGUCCACCAACAAGUUGGAACGGCAGCUCCUGGUGCAAACCAGCGAGAUUCACAAGCUCCAGGAUCAGAACAG